AUGAACGCGGCCGGCUUCCCCUGCCUGCGAGGCAUGUGCACGCUGCCGGCGGCCGGCCCCGCCGCCUCGGCCAGCCCCGGCUCUCCCGGGCCUCCCCGGGGUUCCACCCCCACCUCCCAGGUGAAGCCGGAGCCGCGAGGUGCCGGGAGCAGCUCCCCGCUGCCUCCUCCGCCUCCCGAGGAGCCGCCGCCUCCCGCCGGGGGCCGCCGGAGGAAACGGCCUGUGCAGCGGGGCAAACCGCCCUACUCCUAUAUCGCCCUCAUCGCCAUGGCCAUCGCCAACGCCGCCGAGAGGAAGCUCACUUUGGGGGGCAUCUAUAAGUUCAUCACCGAGCGCUUCCCUUUUUACCGGGAGAACCCCAAGAAGUGGCAGAACAGCAUCCGCCACAACCUCACCCUCAACGAUUGCUUCGUCAAGAUCCCCCGGGAGCCCGGCCACCCCGGAAAAGGCAACUACUGGACGCUGGACCCUGCCGCCGAGGACAUGUUCGACAACGGCAGCUUCCUGCGCCGGAGGAAACGCUUCAAGCGCACCGACAUCACCACCUACCCUGGCUACAUGCAGAACUCCAGCGCCUUCACCCCACCUCCCGCCGUCCGCCCGAUGGCUGCCGCCGCCCCCUACCCAAAUGCCCUCUGCUCGCCCGCCUACAGCCCGCAGCUCUCGGGCACCGUUUUCCAUCCCUACGCAAGCGGGGUGGCACCGCCGGCACAGCACUCGCGGAUGUUCAGCAUUGACAGCCUGAUCAGCGGGCAGCAGGCCCUGCAGCCCUCGCCACCUGCCGAGCUGGCCCACCCCUCUCUGGGCUUAACUGGGACCGAACUAGCCCCCAGCUGCUCCGCCGGCACCUCGGAGCCUCCCUGCUUCCAGCCGCAGCCCGUCAGUCCUGGUUUGCUGAGCCGAGCCGGCCCCAACGCUUUGGCAUACCCCUAUGCUGCCUCGCCGCCCCAUCUACCCGUAGGGCAGGGCAGCUACUCACCCGGCAGCCCACAGCUCUACGGGGCUCCCAGCAGACUGGCGCUGCCCACUGUGCGCCCCGCUGCCUGCCCUGAGCACAACGAGCAGCUGCUGGGGCUCCCCGCAUCGCCCCUCGGCCAGUUCAGCUCCGGCAAUGCCUACGGCAGGCAGCCCAACUUCACCACCGGCCUGGAGCGGUACAUGUGA